CGCCCAGCUCCGUCGUCGGUUUCUAUUUCGUUCUUAUGCUCCCUAAACAGGCCACCCUGUUUCCAAAUGAUAUUCCGCUUUCUAAUUCUCUUCUUGAGCUCUUAUGGACCCAAUGGCGUGCCGCCGCGAGGAGUCUGGCUCUGGACGGAACCUCUCGAAACCUUCCGUGUCCUCGUAUAUUGAGCGGCCCUGCGUCCCCUAAAUUCUACCACCAACGGAUCUACACGCCUCGCUUAUGAUUAACCAACGGCCCUAUCGCAGCUAGAACGGCAGAAAUAUGCGCGACGAAUAUAGAUAAAUCCCUGAACCGGGUUAAAGACGUCGACCACGUCGCUUCCAAGAGCUUCGAUCUGCUUUUGGAUUCUACCCUACCACUUUGGGCAGCCUCUCCGUGU